GAAGAAGAGUCGACGGGCGGCCUUCAGCGAUACUCCACAUCUUAGCUAACUUAUUUGGGCUAAAACGAAAAAUUCUUCCCUUUCCUAUUUGGAUAACCCACGUAGGAGAAGCUCGGAAUAAAGAUCCAUUCAUGUGCUGACAGGAGUGUGUAUCACCACAAACAUGUCCGAGGUGUGUCAGGAUCGAAGGAGUCGCUGGCAGGAUAUCCAGAAAGGCCUGCAGUUCAUCCAGUCAACCCUUCCUUUCCCGGGAAGUCAAGAUCAUUAUGAGGUUUUCAUCAAGGAACUUGUGUGGAAUCUCUUUGGAGAAGGAAACGACGUGUUUAGAGAAGGCGAAUGGACGAAGUCCAUCGAGAUGUAUACCGAGGCCUUGAGUAUAGCGGAAUAUGCUGACUCGGAAGACAUCUGCGUUCCAACAAGUUUACUGGAAAAGCUGUAUGCAAACCGAGCUGCCGCGUACUUGAACAUAGUCCCGGGACUGUAUGACCAAGCGUUAGAAGACUGUGAAAAGGCUCUCCGCUUGAACGAGGGGAACUACAGAGCGCUGUACAGAAAAGCCCGAUCCUUGAAGGAGAUGGGGAGACAUCAAGAGGCCUACGAGGCUGUUGCCAAAUGCUCACUAGCGGUGCCUCAGGAUACUAGUGUCACAGAACUGACUCAGGACCUUGCCAAAAUUUUGGGAUUGAAAAUCCGUAAAGCUUAUGUAAGGAGUAAGCCUGCCUUGAAUGUUUUGCGAGCGUCGAGUUAUCAAGACGCGUCAUGUGAUAAGUUUUCCCAUGGUUCGUCUUCAGUUGAAGAUAUAGAGAUCGAAGUGCCUCGGCUGACCCAGGAAAGCAGCGUUUUGGCUGCGGCUCCAAUCCAAGCCCCCGUGCUCCCGCCUUUAAACGAAGCAAUAGUGGACGAGCUCCCGCCCACCAACAGCAUCGUGUCCUCCGUGACCCCCUCGGAGCCGGCGGGGGGCUACGAGUUGGCGUCCGCGCCCUCGCCGUCCCCUCUCCCCGUGCCUUCCUUCGUCAACGGGUGCCGCACCGGUCAACCCUGCGCCAUGCUGGAGGCCGGCCAAGACUUCGACGCGGACAUCAUCGGGGACGACCUGGACGACCUGCUGGACCAAGCCGGCCCCGAGUCGGCCAUGGUCAUACCCACCAUGAAGGGGCCGUUGCCCCUGCCGACCAGCAUCCCCUCGGGGAGCCCCAUGUCGAAUCCCUUCCUGAUGCCGCCGCACAUCAACCCGUUCCUCCACGGCGCCGCCCAGCUGUGCACCGUCACCCUGCCCCCGCUGUACCACAAGUCGGGGUCCAACACGUAUUUUGGAAUGGACUCUUUCAACGCCCUCCCCCCGGCCCUGGACUCCCUGGAUAGUCUCAACAUUAGCGACUAUAAAACAGAUUACGCUCAGAGUCCGUUCCUUCAGCAGCUAAACAACAACAACAACGACAGCCCCAUGGGAAUGGCGGUGGGAAUGCCUGAGGUGAAGGGACUGCCCGCCGCCGUGGAUUUGGAUUUAGCGAAGAACCCCUUAGCCGACACGCAUGAAUUCAAGCAGGCGUGUGCGAAGUGCUACGUCAAAACUGGUCCCGGAGUGCUGGAUUACACGCUUCACACAGAGGAGCAUAAAUGCAAAAAGGACGCUUUACUCAGCAGAAUCAAGCACUCGGCAGACAAAAAGUGGAAGCUCAUCCGGCCGAGACCCACAAAAACCCAAUAUGUUGGACCUUAUUACAUUUGUAAAGAGGUGGCUGUUGGGGAGGAGUGCCUGUACCCGGGCCACUGCACGUUCGCAUACUGCCAGGAGGAGAUUGAUGUUUGGACUCUGGAGCGUAAAGGGUUCAUCUCCAGAGAGCUGCUCUUCGACCCUUUCGGGCCCAACUCCAACAUCCGCUUGACCGUCCCCAAGAUCUUACAGGAGCAUCGUGGGAUAUUCAUGUUUCUCUGUGGAGUGUGCUUUGACCACAAACCCAGAAUAAUCAGCAAAACCAACAAAGACGACUUUUCACUUUGCUCUCAUCCGGUGACAAAGCACGUCUUUGAGGAACAUAAGUGCCUGGUCCACAUUUUGAAGGAGAGCACGGUCCGAUAUUCCAAAAUCCGGCCCCUGGGUCCUCCGUGCCAGCUGGACCUCUGCCGCCACGAAGUCCGCUACGGCUGCGUGAGGGAGGACGACUGCUUCUACGCACACAGCCUCAUCGAGCUGAAGGUGUGGAUGCUGCAGCACGAGCUCGGUAUCACUCAUGAAAGCAUCGUCCAAGAGGCCAAGAAGUUUUUGAGUGCAGCCACGUUGCUGCAGGGAGCCCAGCCGCUAUCCAGCCCACCGAGGAAGUUCGGGCCUCCGAAUAUGAAGAUGAUGUUUGUUUGUGGCCAGUGCUGGAGGAACGGCCAACUCAGCGAAGCCGACAAAAACAAGAAGUAUUGCUCGGCCAAGGCGAGACACACGUGGGCUAAAGACCGGAGGGUGGUGCUCGUAAGUUCCCACGAAAGGAAAAAGUGGACAACAGUAAGACCGCUUCCGACCAAAAAGCCCAUCCCGUCUCAAUUCGAGAUCUGCAUGCAUGUAACCGCUGGCAAGAAGUGUCAGUACAUUGGGAAUUGCACAUUUGCUCACAGUCAAGAAGAAAGAGACCUUUGGACGUACAUGAGGGAAAACAACAUUCCAGACAUGGAUCAGCUUUAUGAGCAGUGGCUCCAGUCUCAGAAGCCUGGCUGGGGGGACGAGACCCCCAGCAACUCUGUCAGAGAGAACGGCAAACAGAUCCACAUGCCGACCGACUACGCCGAGGAAGUGGCCGGCAAUCACUGCUGGCUGUGCGGGAAGAACUGUAACAGCGAGAAGCAGUGGCAGCAGCACAUCACCUCGGAGAAGCACAGGGACCGCGUAUUCAACUCCGAGGACGAUCAGAACUGCUGGCAGUACCGCUUUCCCACGGGCACCUUCAGAGUCUGCGAGAGGUUCCUCAAGAACACGUGCACCGAGGACGAGUCGUGUAAGAUGGCCCACGGGGACCAGGAGCUGAAGGAGUGGAAGGAGCGCCGGGAAUUCCUUUUGAUGAAACUGGCCAAAGCCCGGAAAGACCAUCUUAUAGCACCAAAUGACAAUGACUUUGGAAAAUACAGUUUUCUGCUUAAAGACGUUAUCUAACGAUGCCAUGACGACACGUGACGCGUUCAUUUGCAGCUAAUGCAGUAUUCAAAGAGAUGAGUGAGGUGGAUCCCCGAGGGGCUCGCAAAAAGGGGGGGGGCGGGCGGGGGGCAGCAUGGUUUUAAAGGAGCUGGCGCUCGGGCGGCUGGCUCACUCUGAACCCCCCCCCCCCCCGGUAGUGUUAGCGCUGAGUGGGAGACACUGGAAGCUUUGCUCUGUGCCAUUCAGUAGAACAUCUGAACGCGCUGCUGGGAGCGGCUCGUGUGAAACCAUCAGAUAAAAGUUGACCUGAGAGUCAUUUCUGUGUUCAUGACCUGUAAGUAUGGGACCCUUCAAAUCCAGGGUUCGGUCGACGCCAUAGUUAAUUGCCAUUUAUCUAUUAAUAAACCAGUGUAAUGGCCACCCCUCCAAAUAAAGUUU